GGAAGAGAGAGUGAUGAGGGUUGGUUAGCAUGUGAUCUCUAUCGAGGUAUGACAGUCCGGGAGUCCCUCUGGCCUGGCUCCAGCCUGCUGCCACUUCCCCUGAGGGAAGCCCCUUACAUCCUCCCCCCCUGCCACCCGCCACCGGUAGUGGUACAGUCCGCAGCCCACCCUCUGAGUGGGACCCAGCCCCCCACGUGAUUCAGCCUGCCUCUCCAGCUCCUUGGCCCCUUCCCCCUUUUCCUUGAGGUGGUAGGAAUGUUCCCUACCCCAGGCUGGUUACCUGACUGAAGGGGAGAGCUUUAGCUUUAGGGAGGACUGGGCCCCAGAGAGCCAACAGACUGACAGACAAACAGACAGAUGGGUCAGUAUCAGACAGGCGGGCGCUGUGCCAAAGCAAGGCCCGCGCCAAGCAAGCGGCAGCCGCAGCAGCAGGUGCUGAGUCAGCGUCAGACCCAAGCCCACGGCUACUUGUGAGGGGGAGCCCUUCCCUGUGGUCACCUUGCUGCCCACAGCCCCCCCCCCAACAUUCGCAAACACCGUUGUCUUAUUCGCCAGCCCUGCGUUUAUUGUUUUGUCCAUUGCCUGUCGGUGUCUCCUCUUCUUCCCCAUCCCCUCCCCCACUCUGGGUGAGCUGUGGAGUAGGAAUUAAGCCAUUUAAAUAAAUUUCAAUAAAUUAAACCGAACGUUCAUGAUUAAAGGAAGCAGGAGAGACCCACACCCCAGCUUCCUCCGGAAUGAAUGAGAGGUGGGAGGCAGCUUGCUUGUGGGAGCCUCAGCUCAAAGGCAUCGUCACCAAACUGUUCUGCCGCCAGGGUUUCUACCUCCAGGCAAAUCCUGAUGGGAGUAUCCAGGGCACCCCAGAGGACACCAGCUCCUUCACCCACUUCAACCUGAUUCCAGUGGGGCUCCGCGUGGUCACCAUCCAGAGUGCCAAGCUGGGUCACUACAUGGCCAUGAAUGCUGAGGGGCUUCUGUACAGCUCGCCACAUUUUACAGCGGAGUGUCGCUUUAAGGAGUGUGUCUUUGAGAAUUACUAUGUCCUGUACGCCUCUGCUCUGUACCGCCAGCGCCGAUCUGGCAGGGCCUGGUACCUAGGCCUGGACAAGGAGGGCCGGGUCAUGAAGGGAAACCGAGUCAAGAAGACCAAGGCAGCUGCCCACUUUGUGCCCAAGCUUCUGGAGGUGGCCAUGUACCGGGAGCCUUCUCUCCACAGUGUCCCUGAGACCGCCCCUUCCAGUCCCCCUGCCCCUUGAGAUGCAGUCCCUGGACUGGAGGAUCCCAGCACUCCCAGUGAGCCAGCCACCGUCACAGCCUGUUUCCCAGCCCUGCUCCUGGCCUUGUGCUCACCCCUGCUGCCACACACAUGCCCACAGGAGCCAGGUCCUGCCAGGUUCCCUAGCCUGAGGGAGCCAAGGGGCGCUUGAGGACUUCCAGGACUGCUGAGCUCUUAGAUCCUGGCACCUAGGAGAGGGCCAAGAGACAAGGAUAUCUGAAAGUUGUCCUGGCUGAUUACUUCCUUCUUUACAUGACCACAUUCCCCCCCCCCCCAUAGCCUUUUCUUGAAAUGAAAGCUUUGGCGGGGGAGUGUCCCAAAAUUGACAAAGCCAGGGCAUUGACACACCAUCCACUUGGCUCAGCCAGUUCCUGAAGCCCUACCCCUCUUUUCAUUGCUACUGAGCCAUAUUUAUACUUCCAUUGGAGCUCAGGAGUAGUUUCCUUUGUUCUCUAUCUUCUGCCUUGGUCUGGGCAGAUGCUGGUACACCAAACACCCCAGCCAGUGCCAUUCCUGUGUUCCCUGGGCUGGAACCCAGGCAGAUUGCCAGGGUCUGUUCUGGAUCUUUCAGGCUUCUAUCCUUGACCCAGAUGGACCCCUGACUCCCAAGCAAAAGCAGGCUGGAUUUGAGCCUAGUAAAGCAACUGGCCUUGGCCUGAACUGGAACCACAGACUUAACUUUCUUAUCCCAGAGACACCCAAUUCUAGAGCAUGGUAUUCUAGAACUUUGUGGAACUAUACUUCCUCCUGAACCUCAGCUCUAGAACAUGGACCAUGACUCUCAGCCAUUUUUCCAAGAUGGAACUAGGGCCUGUAAAGCCAUAUUAUUACACUAGAGUAAGUUCUACAUUCACCCUUCCACUUUCUUUCAUAAUGUCUAUUAAGCAUAAGAAUAAGCUCUGGAUAGGAACCAGGUAUGAGUCAUAAAGAAUUAAUCAGAUCUGAGCUGGGCAUGGUGACACAUGCCUGUAAUCCCAGUACCUGGGAGGCUGAGGCAGGAAAAUUGCCAGUUGGGACCAGCCUCUGGGCUAUAAUAGCAAGCAAGACCUUGUCUCAAAAAUCCAACACACACCCCUAGUUAAUUAAUUGAUUAGUUCUGGUUGAAUAAAGAAAUCUUGUUUUUCCUAGAUAAUUUUCUAAAAAUAUUAUUCUUCCCUAUAGAUUGCUAACCUUAUUUUUACACGCAGUUUUUAAUUCCUGCAUGGCAGCUAGGGUCCUGCCAAGGGAACAGAGUCUGGGGAAGGGUACCUGGCUCAUAAUAGAGAAGGUAGAUAGGGGAAGAAGCCAAAACUAUGGCAAAAUUAAACCUGUAUGCGGGUUGAGGAGGUGGGCCGGACACGAACACGUAGCUACCUCAGCAGGAAUUCCUUCCCGGUCCACUUUAAAGCUGGGGUCCUUUGCUGGAUAUGUUGCACACUUGUAAUCCCAGCACUUGGGAGGUAGAGACAGGGGGAUCAGAACCAGAUGAGGGGGUACACACCUGUAAGCCCAGCGCACUCAGGAGACGGAGGUACAGGCACUAUGAGUUCAAGACCUGACUGGGCUACAGAGUGAGUGAGCUCUAGGUCAACCUGGUCUAGAGUGAGACCCUGCCUCAAGAAACAAAACAAAAACAAGCAAAUAAGUAAGUUAAGGUCUUUGUUAAGGAUCAUGCGUCUAGAACAGAAAAGGACAAAUAGGACAUAGCCUCACCCUCUUUCCCAGUGAGAAGACCCCAAUUCAGCAAUAAAUCUCACCUCUUUCUGCUAUAAAUCAGGCCAGGGAGGGUGAAGGCCUCUUGGGCUCACGAUCUCAUACACCCCUAGAGCUUCUAACUAGAACUUGCUUUACCUUACAGCUUAUAACCUGACUAGAUUUUUCUAAAAAGCAUGGGGACCCCCACACUAGUGAAAUUAGGAGGGACACCCAGAGCCUCUACAGACCUAGACCAAGGAGGCCCUAAGAGUGGGGCCAGUGCUCCAAGGCAGGUCACUCUUCCUCAGGCUCUUUUUCUGGCUUGUUGCAAAAGAUGCCCCCACCCCUCACCCUCCUCUCUGUCACCCGGACCCUGCUCAGGCUCCACACCCAUCUCCCGGCUCUGCUCUCUGGGGACCGGGUCUCUGCUCCAUGCUUUCCCCAUUAAAGACGAUUUCUACAACUUGAAA